GCCUCGACCUGAGUGUAUCUUCACUUUCUUUAAAAAAUAUAAAAAAAAAUCGCGCAAUUUACGUUGCUUAUUUAAAAUAGAAAAUAUUUGAAAGAAAAACUAACGCAAUACCUCGUGGAUGUGUAUGCAUACAAUCACAUCGACACACGUACAUUCACGUACGUUGUCGUCGCGGUGAAAAUUUUAAAAUUGUUGCAUUCAAAAUAAAUAAUAAUUUACAUUUUUGUUAUACCAAAAGGCAAUAAAUAAAAAUCUCCCGGACAAAAAAGAACCAGAAUUAAAAAAAAAAUCCUGCUGCUUAAUUAAAAUCUUUUUUUCAAAUGUUCUGAUAUAUUUUUUAUAUACCAAAAAAAAUGUUUUAGUGAUCAAGUGAUCUUUGGAUUCUUUUAAAUUAUCACACAAACUGUUGCUGUUUCCAUCGUUAAAUAUUCUCAAAAAUCCGAUAAUUGCAAUCUACUGCCGGACCAUCAUAGCGAGAGAGAGACGCCUCAGAAAAGCUCAUUGUGUGAGAGAACCACCUUGCUCCAAUUUUUGUUUUUUUCACCUUCUAUUCGACAUUAACAAAAUAUAUUCAAGACUGAAACCGUAAAUCCAUCAUCAUCAAGGUGAAAAAAUCAUCAACAAACUAAAAAUCAGAACGUCAUCAAUUUAAAGUUCAAAAACAAAAAAUUAGGGAAAAAAAAAUUUCCAUAUCUCCUCCAAAUAGGGGAGAACAGAACAUUCUCGAAGUAUAAAUAAAUGUCAAUCCCUCUCCACGUAUUACGAGUUCUGCCUUGACAAUUAUUUCCCAGGCACAAAAGGGAAGGAAACUUUUUUUUUUUUUUUUGGUUUGAAAUAUUGCCAAUUUAAGGAAUUGUGAAUGUGCGCCGAAGACGAAAGAGGGAACGAUGAUUCACUUGUUAAGCUUGACAUUGGUUAGAUGAUAUGAUGAUAAAUCAAGAAUGAGGCGAAAAGAGAGGUAUUAAGAUCCAAAAAUGGAUUGGCUGCCUUUACUUAGGUAGCCAAAAAAACAACUAAUAAAAAGGUGACCAAAAAAAGAAAUCUAUAUGUAAAUAUAACACUGAACAGAUUGUACAGACAAGAGAAAUUUAAAGAUAUGGAAAGACUGAAAAUUAGAUUGUGUGCACAUAUUAUCGUUUUUGCAACAUUUACAUAUCUAAACGAAAAAAAUUAGAAAGAAAAAUUCUCUCAAAGAAAUACCUCUCUCUUACCGAUACACUAAAUAACACAAUACAUUUCAAAAUAAAUAUCUCUAACAAUAAGAACAAAUGCCUCUCUUUAAAUGCAUACAUUUAAUUAUGCAUAUACAUUACGUACAUAAUACCUAUAUAUAAAAUACAUCAAUGUUACACAAGUACAAAUUUAUAUUUAUACACAUAUUUAAAAAAUUGUGACUAUAUAAAAUAAUAAUUCGCGAACAGAAUAAACAAUAUUUAUAAAAUCUAUAUUUGUCUAAAGGAAAAUAAAAAUUGCAGAAGAAGAUUAUACUUGAAAAUUUCGUCUCUCGGAUUAUUUAUAUCAAUUAAAUGGCAUCGAAUGAAAAUGAAAGAAAGUGUGAAAAAGAGGUGUAAUAGAAGUGUUUGUGAGUGUCGGUGACUGAUUCUGCGAAGAGCGGAAAGCCUCCUUAAUCGGACAGAAUGGGUUGUGGGCAGAGCAAGAUUGGUAACAUUUAUCCCAAGAAUAAGAAGAACAAAAGUAGCUCUAAGAAGAAUGGAGACUCAAUACGUUCUGCAUCAAUUGAACAGAAAAACGGAAAUGGCAGCGUCAAGGGCAACAAGACGAACAACAACGGGGCCGAGGUUAAUCGAAAUGAAGAACAAAAUGGUUCCAUUGACAUCAAAUCACAGGCAAAGAAGAAAUCAGGAGGACCUGGAAGUGGCCCUUUGCUACAACAAGCAGAGAUAUCUUCUAGUCAAUUGGACUUUUUCAAGAUGCUUGACGAAAAAAUUGAAAAUGGACCAGACUAUGACGAGAGUAUCGAUGCAUCAGCAUCAGCGGAUCGAAUAACUGGCUUGCUCCGUCGCUGGGAACUGGCCAGUAUUUCAUGUUCGAACAUUGCCGACAUGAAGAAUGUAACAACAAUAAAAAAUCACACAACCAUCAUGUAUACACCUCGACAAAGUCUAAGUGCCAAGGAUCGUGAGGGAAUGAGAAAUAUAAUUGGUGGUCGUCCUGAGAGUGCACCUGUUUAUAUGACAGCAAAUCGUAUAGACGGUCUUCAGGAGACACAUUCAUCGGCAUCGCCAAAUAUGCCACGACACGUUCUUGAAUCAAUUAGUCAAAGUCCAACGCAAAGUUUAAAAAGUAUGACACCACCUGGAAUGUCGCCAAUUAAUCAACGCUAUCAUCAUGAUUACAAUACUAGGGACAACAAUUAUCAUCAUCAUCAAAUGCCAAAAAUUACCAAAGCAACACAACAAUAUUCGCAUAUGCCGAGUUCAUUAAAUGGUGAUUUUGUCACACAACAAAAUCUCUAUCGUGAACAAUAUUUACAACAAACUGGCAUGGUUUCCAUUCCAACGCAUUAUGGUUCACCAGGUGGUAAAAAUAAUCCCUACGUUCAACAAUUUCAAAUUGCCAAUUCAAAACAUUUUCCUGCACCGAGAAAAAGGGACUUCAAUGCGGCUCAAAUGACGUGACCAGCGCGGGCCAGAACCACGUGAUAAGACUGAAAAAUACUAAUAAAAAAAAAAACCACUGAAGAAGCUCUCGGGGGAAUUUUCAAUCCUCCAGGAUCUCCGAAUGAUCAGCUUCCGAAAGAAGAAUGACUUUUUUUGGGUUAGUCGGUGGGAAUGGGGAGAAGAGAGAGUGAGAAAGAAGAGAGAGAGAGACGGAAUUACUCAGAAUUCCAGGGAUUAAUAAUGUUCCUAAGGAUAUAUAAGAGAAGAGCGAAAAGAGAAAAUGACGUUCUCUGAAAUAUAUAUGUAUAAAGGGAAGGCCUAAGGCAAAUACAGAGAGACGGAUUUAACACCUGGAGCAACUCUUUCUAUUUUUAAAUAUAUUGAGACAGAAAGUCGAAUAUAUAUUUGUCAGUCACGCUUUUACUAUAUUAAUAAUAUCUUUCGAUUCAUAAAAAAACACACAGAGAACAAUAGAUAUAACAAUUAAACAGCUAUGCGCGAAAAACAUCACGUAUUAUAAUACACUCCCGGUCUGUUAGACCGUCAUUCCUUCUUUAGAGACAUAAAUUCUAUUUACAUCAAAAUCAUCAAUUUCAAAAAAUUAAUAAAAAUUGAGAUAUUAAUAUCUAUUUUUCUCCGUAAAAAAAAUUUUAAAUCGAAAAGAAAAUUUUUGUAAAUCAUGCUACAAAAAAUUUUAGAGACAAUUGUAAAUUUGACCAAGGAUUAAUUAUUUUUAAUUCAAUGAAAUUAAUUUUUAUUAAAGUAGUUUUUUUUGUACUUUCAAUUUAACGAAAACGACUUUUGAAAUUUAAAACAUUGAAAAAGAGACUGAUUUGUAAAAUGGUACAAAAAAAAAAAAUUUUAAUUUUUAACUGUGAUUUUUUAAUUAAAAAUAAAAGGAAUACAUAAUUCCUUUCAUUUUAAUUUGCAUAUUAUAUUAGACUGAGAAAUUCUAAACUAAAAGUGUUCAAAAAUCAUCUUUUCUACCAUCUUUUAAAAAUAAAAUAUGAAAAUUUCAAUAAUUCUCUAUGAAAUUUUCAAAUUCAUCACUCUAAAUAGGUAAAAAUCCGUCUCUCACAAAAAUUCUUUAUGGGGCAUUUAGGCUAAAACCUUCAAACGGUAUAAGUGCCAAAGCGAUAAUUUUUUAAAUUAUAAUAAUUUAUAUGUAGAAAGUUUUCAAUGUUUGCGUUUUACUAUAUGCGGGAUUUCCUUUUCUUUUUGUUACCUUUUUUUCUUAGUAUAAGUUUUUUUUCUUAAUUUUAUUACAAACGACGGAGAUGAAAUCUUCAUAUAAAAAAAUUUUUCAUAAGGAAAAAGCAAAAAAAAAAAAAAAAGAAAAAAUAUCGAGAGUAUUACCGUGAAAAGAUUUUAUGUAAAUAUAAAAUUGUAUUGAUUAGCGAGGUACCUGGGACUACAUAUGAGGAAUUAUAAAUAUAUAUAUAUAAAUAUAAUAAAUAUAAAAAUCUGUAUGUUUUAAGUGACCGAUAAACAAAUUAAAGAUCUAGAGGUCCUAAUAAAAUUGUGUAUAGAAUCGCUGUAUAUCUAUAUUGUACGAAUUCGUUAAAUUAACGUGAUGACUGUAUAUUUAUAUGUUGACCAUAUUCAAUAUUAAUAAUAUAUAUACAUAUAUAUAUAUAGCUAGUUGAUGAUACGAGAGUUUUAUAUUUCAUGUUACAAUUCAUUAAGCUGUCGAAACCAUUAAAAUUGCUUUAUUAUUUUAACUAUA